AUGCAUAUCAAAGACAGAACCUUCGUUAUAUCUGGCGGUUCUUCCGGCCUAGGAUUAGCGACAGCGCGCAAUUUGCACGAGAAAGGCGGCUAUGUUGCCAUCUUUGAUCUUAACGCCGACUCUGGAGCAGAGGCAGUGAAGCAGCUUGGCUCCGACAGAUGCCAAUUCUUUGAAACCGACGUCAGUGAUACCGAAACUAUCGAGGAAUCAGUCAAGACCGUCUCUCAAUGGGUACGGAAGACUGGUAAACCGAUUGGUGGUAUUGUCAGCGCCGCUGGUGUAGGAAACCCCGGAAAGAUGAUUGAUCGUAACAACGAUCCGCUUUCCUUGUCAUCAAUCGACUUUGUUUUGAACAUCAACCUCAGAGGAACUCUGGAUUUCGUUCGUCAGUUGCUCCCACUCAUGACCAAGAACCAGCCCACAGAGCCAGACAACGAACGAGGCUGCGUCAUCUUGGUCAGCUCUUCAGCUGCUUAUGACGGACAGCCAGGACAGGUCUCAUACGCUGCCAGUAAGGGCGCAGUGAGGUCGAUGACCCUGCCAAUGGCUCGCGAUCUCGCACAAUUCGGCAUUCGUGUGGUGACCAUUGCACCCUCGCUGUUCGAGUCGAACAUGACGGCUAUGAUGAGCGACAAAGUGCGCAAGUCGCUUGAACGUGUUAUGGAGUUUCCAAAGAGGGCAGGUAGAGGCGAGGAGUUUGCCGAGUUGACGAGGCAUGCUAUCGAAAAUGUCAUGUUGAACGGAGUCGCGCUACGACUGGACGGUGCGAUGCGCAUGCCAUCCAGACUAUAG